AUGGCUUCCUUCCGAGUCGGCCACACACCCGCUAAGGCCACUUUCCUCGUCGUGGUCAUCGCCUCUGCAAUGCUCCUUUCCGCCCCUGCGUGCGUCUCCGCCGCCGGGAAACCCGCCAACGCGACUGCGCCUGCCAACGCGACUAAGCCUGCUAACUCGACUACUUAUGCUAAGGGGGUUGCUGCUGGCGCGAUCGGGUCUGCAAACGCAACCACGCAUGCCGUGGCGGCGACGGCGAGGCAGAGCAAGAGCUCGGGGCUAGGAAAUGACUCCACAUGCGCCUAUUACGCAAACUACACCGCCAACCCCUACUUCGGCAAGGGGCUCACCGUGAAGCUUCCUCCCGCCAUCUUCGGCAAGCGCUGCGGCGCGUGCUAUAAGGUGAUUUGCGCCAACGACACGAAGCACUGCCGCAGCGGCAAGGCGACCGUGACGGUCCGCGUCAUUGGCGCGACGACCACGGAGAAGGAGAUUUCGCUCUCCCCCGUGUCGUGGUCCAAGAUCGUGCAGGGUUCCGUUGCCACCCCCGUCGGCAUCACGUACAAGCGCACCAACUGCCAUUCGACCCUCGGAUCCGCGGUGCGCGUGCGCCGCAAUUCGACGGCAGAGGAUUUCAACAUUCAGAUGGUGGGUCUCGCCGGCCCCGGUACGCUCAAGGCGGUCGAGAUCAGCGCGGACGGCAAGAAGUGGGCGAAGCUGACGCGCGACGGCAGCAAGGCGAUCUGGGGGAUCAAGGGCAAGGAGGCGAAGGAGGUUGUGGGCGCGAAGAAGGCGGUGAGCGUUCGCCUGACCGCGGGACACACCCUCGAGAAGAUCACUCUCGACAAGGUCCUUCCCGCCGACUGGAAGCCGCAGACGCUGUACUCGAGCAAGACCAACUUCAAGAAGCUCAUGGCCGAGGCUAAGCAAGCUGGCGCCAGCAGUGGCGACACAAGGGUGAAGAAGGGAGAUGUGGUUCUUGGCGGGUAG